AUGUCCCUUGAAUCCUACAGUGAGCGCCUGAGGGUCGCCCUCUCCGAGUCCGACCAGCUCGCCCUCACGCGCCUCCUCAACAACAUCACCUGGCUCAAAGCCGCCCACGGCGAGAUCUCCGCCGAGCUCGCCGCGCAGCACGACCUCCCCAACCUCGUCACCCAAAUCUCGCAGGAAGAAUCAUUCAGCGAGCCGCUCCGCCUCCAAGCCGACCGCCUCCUCUCCCGCUGGCGCCGCGGCGUCUACGACGCCCCGCACACGCCCGCGUCGCACCGCCAGACGGGCCCGGGCGGCCUCGGGCUCGUCGUCGGCGACAGCUGGCCCGACCGCGAGGCCAUGCACCGCGAGGGCGCGCACGCGUCGCUGCAGGCCGGCAUCUGCGGCGACCACAACUACGGCGCGUACAGCAUCGUGGCCAACGGCGUGUACCGCGACGACGACAAGGGCGACGAGAUAUGGUACUGCGGGACGGACGCCAAGGAAGAUCGCCGGCCCACGGGGUACACGAAGUACUUGAUGCGCAGCGUGGCGCUGGGGAAUCCGCUGCGGGUGUUCCGUGGCAAGGAUUGUCCGGGAAUGUUUGCGCCGCGGAGGGGGUUUCGGUAUGAUGGCAUGUAUCUGGCGGUGGAUAAGAGGCAGCCGCCGAGGAACUUUACGAAGCCGGCGAAGGGGGAGGGGAAUUAUGAGUUUUUGCUGAAGAGGGUGGAGGGCCAGCCAGCGAUCCAAAAGGAUAUGCCCGAUAACAUCACCCUGGGGCACUGGCAUGCGCAGAAGUUGGAGGCGGCGAGGGAGGGGAAUCGAAUGGUGGGGUAUUGA